GACGUUGGCGUCAAGUGACUGAAGGAGGAGAAGAAGCGGCGUCGACGGCGGCGGAGGAGGAGGUAGAGGAGAGUGAGAGAGAAAAAUCACCGAGUGCCGAGAGUCUGAAGGGCGGCAGAGCCAUCCCGAGAACCACCCGGCGAGGCAGCGAGCUGUAUAAAAUCAUUACAAAAUGAACGGUUGCCGUGUGUUUAUUGGUCGCCUGAGUCCUCAGGUGAGAGAACGUGAUGUGGAAAAGUUCUUCAAAGGUUAUGGACGUAUCCGUGAAAUUGACCUGAAGAGAGGCUUUGGGUUUGUGGAAUUUGAUGAUGCCCGGGAUGCUGAUGAUGCAGUUUAUGAGCUGAAUGGGAAGGAACUGUUCCGGGAGAGGAUCACUGUGGAGCUUGCAAAAGCACCACCUCGGAGAGGAGGGGGCAGGUUUGGUGGAAGGUUUAACUAUUACCGCCCCAGAAGUGAGCGAAGCAGUGGACUAAGAUAUGGACCUCCUGUUCGUACGGACUACCGUUUGAUUGUGAAGAAUCUAUCUUCCCGUGUUAGCUGGCAGGAUCUGAAGGACAUCAUGCGCCAGGCUGGUGAAGUGACCUUCACUGAUGCUCACAGAGUCCAUAAUAAUGAAGGUAUUGUGGAGUUCGCCUCUUACAGUGAUUUGAAAAAUGCAAUUGAUAAACUGGAUGGAAAAGAAAUCAGUGGCCGGAGGGUCCAAUUGAUUGAGGAGCCAAGACGCCACAGGUCUUGGACACGAUCCCGCUCUAGAAGCUCUUCAAGAUCCCGCAGCUAUAAGGGCUCUAGAAGCGCUUCAAGAUCUGCAAGCCGCUCCCCAAGCCGUAGCAGGUCUCGUUCCCGGAGCAGGUCGCCCGCUCGUGAUAGCAAGCGGCAGAGGAAUGAAUCGCGCUCACUGAGCCGUUCGCCUGAGGUCAAACGUCGUAGGAAACCAACCCAGUCGAGGUCGCGAUCAAAUUCUCCUGUUAAAUCGACCCGUUCCUGGUCUGGUUCUCGGGAGCAGUCCCCUGUCAACAGUGCAGAGUAACCACCGUGUUGUAGAAGUGUUUUUAUAAUUUGCUAAAGAUUUUCUAUGAAAUGUUGGCCUCAUUUUGAUUUUUUUUUCUGUCUGAUGCUGGGUUUGGGGUUUAAGUACUUCGGUUUUUAUUUCAUGCAAACAAUUCUAACUUUGAGCCCAUUCAAAUACAGACAUCUGAUUUAAAGUAAUAUAUCGUUGAAAAGAAAGGCUUGAUCAUAAUUUUGUCUAGUAUUGUUUACCAGGCUGUACCAUUGCUUCUGGUGGUGAUCACUGGGACUUGUCUGAGGGGAUUCAGUCACUUCACAUUUCAAUGUGUGGGAUUGAGAGUUUCCCUAGCUGGAACAAUCGGAGCGUCUAGACAAUUUACAUGAAGUAUGGAGUUUCAAACAAGAAUUAUUUAGGGAAGAUGACAGGUUUAUAAAGCCCAAAUUUGAGUGCCCCAUUAUAAAACCAUUAAGUAACUAAUUGAAAUCUGUAGUUUGGUCACCUAACUAAUUGGCCAGUCUGAGUCUUUUUGAAGUAUGGUUCUAAUGAAAUGGAUCUGUUGAAAGGUGAAAGUGCUUCCAUUUAUUGAGGAAACUGCUGAAAACCAAAAGUAUUUUAACUCUCAAACUAUCUGCAUCUAAACUCGAAUCAAGCCACUGUUUCACCAGCACAAACAACAUUUAAAGCUUUGUACAAAAUGGCUGAGCCUGUCGUCCUUUCCACAAGAGGGCGGAGGGGGUUAAAAUAUUCAAAAUGUUUUACAGGAAACCUUUCCAGGUUGGGUCGGUUCUUUCUUUGAAUUGCUACUGGUUCAGGGACAAUUUUUAAAGUUUUUUUCCUUUUUUAGUUUUGUGUUUCAUAAAGCAGUGGUUUAGUUCUUUUGGAUUUUGUGCCAGACUAGCGCACAGUUGCAUCCUGCCUUUAGAGAACCCUGCUGUACUUGCACUUGGAAUUUGCUUUUAAUGUGAAGCCCUGGGUUUGUGAUUGCUGAGUUAGUUUGGCUUUCUUUAACCUGCACACCAAGUGGAGGGAGGCAGCUUGUGGGGUUGGCGGUGGAGUGUAGCAGGGGAAAAAAAUGUAUAUAUAGUUUUUGAUUCACGUGUGUUAAUAGUUCAUGCUUUAUUUGGUUCAUUUCACAUUGUUUUAAAAUAUAUAUAAAUUUAUAUUUAACGUGACCCAUCCUCUUAACUAGUUGCUAGAGAACCAACCUGGAAUGUUGCUCUGCAUUGGAAUUUAAAUGGAAGGAACAACAAAUGUACACCAAUUUAGAUGUUUGUACUUAACAAUUUUAUACAGAAACUAUAUUGCCCAAUGUUCCAUGUACCUUUACUGUCUCCUGCUCGUUUAGUCUAUUGUGUACUACAUACAGGCUGUGUAUCGCUAUCAUUCCUUGUAGCAAGAAAUGGUACUGCAUUAAAAAUUAGUUACAAGUGUCA